CUCCUCAUCCGUCAUGGAUCACUACCACCACUACUCCGCGAACAACCAGGAGCCUCAUGCUUCUAGCCAGUAUCAGGGCCAGUCGCCGUCCGCCCCCGUUCCUGCCAAUCACCACGCUUCAUACCACCCUUCGUCAGGAGCGUAUUCAAAUGCGUACUCGCAGUCCCCAGUGAGCCAGCAGCUGCCGUCGCUCAACACCGUCGUCCCAGGCACAUCAAUGACCCCGCCUGCGGGUACAUCUUUGAUUCCAGGCUACGCCACGCAUGCACCGGCAUAUGGGAGCCAGUCGUACCCCAGUCCCCAGAGUCCGUCCGCCACAUCCUAUCAGACCGCCUCCUUCCAGGUGCAGAGCUACGACCAGCCGUCUGGCACUGGUCCAAGCCCUCAGGCUGCGCAGCAGCAACAACAGCACUUCGUGCCCACGCCCUCUCAAGCGUAUCAGCACCAGCAGACCUACUCGGGAAGCCAAGGCCCAAUGCCGCGCCGCCGGUCCAACGUCGACCCUUAUUACUACGUGUCUCCCAACCCACAGACCUCCUCGGCACAUCCUGUCUCGCCAACGCGACACGCCCACUCUCAUUCGUACUCGCAACCACACUCGCAACCACUUCCCUCACAUGGGCGUUCGCAUUCCGUCUCCUCCACCUCCUCGCCGCGCGCCCUCCCCGCCAUCCAGCCUGCCCCGUACGCCCCGUCUCCCGGUGCGCUGGGCUCCCCUGGCGGCUCCGCCCCGACCGCGGGCCCGUCGUCCCCGCCCUCGAUGCACAUGAGUGGCUCGGCCUCCCCCACGACGGACCGUUUCCAGUGCGAGCUCUGCGAGCGCACGUUCACGCGGCUGCACGACCGGCGGCGGCACUACGACACGGUGCAUUCGCAGACGCCGGGCCACCGCUGUCGUUGCGGCAAGGUCUUCAGCCGUGCGGACUCGCUCAAGCGGCACCACGACCACGGUUGCGAGGAGGCGCAGCGAGUCCCGAGCCACCUGGAUCCGGUCUAUGAGUGACUCGGAGCCCGCGAGCCCGAAACAAGUUCGGCCUCGUGCUCCCCGCGCCUGUUGCUCGCAGUCUGGGGUCGUGACGCUCCCGGCGUGGUUUUCCUCCGUGAUUCCCCCGGAUCUAGAGGUGGACCGCCUCUCGAAGAUGAGGGUUGCACGAGCCAAUGGCAACGCAGUGGCGUUAUUCUAUUUUUUUUUUGGCGCUGGCGCUAGGGUACGGCUGGAGUUUCUGAUCGUCGUCUCGACUGAUAAGGCAAGGGCGGGGGACAGAUUUUCCAGAACACAGGGGCCAAUUGGGUAGUGCAGUAGCGUGGAGCUCCGCUGGCCCGGAGUACUAGUAUGCACGAGGGCACUGGCCGGGCCCACCUGGCCCAUUGGACCGUGUGCGCCGCCGCUGCGUGCGCGGGUCUCCUCGCGUGUCGAGACUCUUGAAUUUGGGUUUUUCUUGUCGCCAUGUUUCCUUCCCUUUGGGUCCGCGUCGCCACAUCCACACCACCUCCAGUAUCAUCUCACUUCUUGCUUCCUGCCUAGGCCUCCGUGUCGAUCGCGAUGGCUUUUUACCCUUGCUCGUUCCCUCCACCAUACAGCUUUGAAUGCUCACCCAUCAUCUCGCCUUUUUUCGUCUCACGCGCCAUCACCGCAGUCUAACCUCGCCAUCAUACACGCCCAUGCAUACAUUCUCCUGUCCGUCCGAUAAGUUUAUUUUAGUUCUCUUUUGAUCCAUGCAUCUUGAUUCGUCCUCGGGGGAGAAGAGUAGAACAUCCCCCUCGCAACGCAAUACACUAAUCUCGGACUUUGCUGUACAUGUACAUAUAUGCUCGCGUAACGCCGGAUGUAGUCACUGUAAUGUAAUCGUCAAUGUUGU